GGCGCGGUGGGAGCGCAGGCGUGUGGCGUCACGAGCGCGCCAGGUCGGGCGCGGAAGAAGUCGCGCUGUUACGUGUGGCCAUGGCGGCGCCGGCGGGUGCCUCCAAGCAGGACAUCCGUGAACGCAUUUGGAACUACAUGGAGUCACAUGAUUUAGCUGACUUUCCCCGUCCUGUCCAUCACAGGAUUCCCAACUUCAAGGGUGCCUCUCAGGCUGCGGAGCACCUGUCUCACCUGCAGGCGUUCAGCAAGGCCAGAACCGUUAAAGUAAAUCCCGACGCUCCCCAGAGAAACGCCCGCUUUCUGGUGCUUGAGAACAAAAAGACACUGUUGGUUCCCACACCGCGGCUGAGAACGGGGCUGUUUAACAGGAUCACACCACCCCCUGGAGCCACCAAGGAUACGCUGAGGAAGUGUGCCACCUCCCAGGGCGUGCGGAACUUCAGCGUCCCUGUGGGCUUGGAUGCCAGCGUCCAAGUGGACUUAGUUGUGGUGGGAUCUGUUGCCGUGUCUGAGAAAGGCUGGCGAAUCGGGAAGGGAGAAGGCUACGCUGACCUUGAAUACGCCAUGAUGGUGUCGAUGGGAGCUGUCCACGAGGGGACACCAGUGGUCACCAUUGUCCACGAUUGCCAGGUGGUGGACAUCCCUGAGAUGCUCCUGGAGGACCACGACCUCACCGUUGACUACAUCAUCACACCUACCAGGGUCAUUGCCACAGGCUGUGCAAGGCCAAAACCAGCAGGGAUCGUGUGGUCCAAGGUCAGCUGUGAGAUGCUUGACAAGAUCCCCAUACUCCGGAGCCUUUGUGAGCGGGAGAAGCAGGCUGGGAAGGACGUGGCUCUCGCAGCCGAGCCCAGCGGCCAGCGCCCAGCACCGCGCACAGGCAGGAGACCCUGGGGUGCGCCCCGGUGGCAAAGGGGUUCUGCGGGAAGGCCUCGUAGCCCACCGCAGGAGGAGGACGCUCAGCUGGCCGCCACCGUGUGUGUGGGGAACCUGCCCCGUGACGCCCGCAUGAGCGAGCUGAAGAGAGCCCUCCUGUGGCUGGGGGCGGCACCCGCCAGCCUCACCUGGCAGGAACCCCAGCGCAGGGCCAUCUUGCACUACCCAGACCCGGCGGCCGCCCGGCAGGCCGUCAGCUGCUUACAGGGCCUCCGCCUAGGCGCCAACACCUUGAGGGUGUACUGGGGCGGCCGAGGGACACGUGUCCUGGUGGGUGGCCCUCAGCAGCAGAGCCAUCCCCACCAUCCCUGGGGCUUUUGACUGACGGCUUGCCCCUGCUGCUCCCUCGGAACUAGGGAGCCUGCGUGGCCAUGCGCUGGGCCCGUUGCUGCGUGGGGCACGUCGGUGCUCUGGACUCUGUGAGCUUUGUCCAUUUGGUUCUGGGUCUUCUGGGAAUUGAGCCCACGUGUGGUGUUCUCUGGGGCAGAGGGAUUAGGCACUAAGCAAGGGGUGACCUCAUUUAGGAUUGGGGAACACAGCCCCGUGGAGGGGGAGGGAAGGCAGGGGUGGGGACAGGGCUGGUGGUGCAGUCAGAAAAGCGAUUGUGAUCCUGGCAUGAUAGGAAGUGGGGGCGCAUAUUGUGUCCAGAGCUCCAACCCCAGGUCUGUCCUUGAAAACCCUGCCCCACACACAUGCCUGGUCAUGGUGGCCCAGCCUGCCUGGUGUUCUGUGAAGCCAGUGGGUGGUGCUGUCACCUGGGGAAGGGCGAGGGGGUGGGGCUCUGCUUUCCCUGUAUAACCCUGGUGUGGACCCUGAGCAAAAGUCAACAUGAGCAUUGAGUUGAGGGUC